AUGUUGUACAUUAUAGGAUUAGGUUUAGGAGAUGAAAAGGACAUAACCCUGAGAGGACUCGAGGCUGUGAAGAAAUCUCAGAAAGUAUACAUGGAAGCUUACACUUCUCUCUUAUCCUUCGGUCUCUCUCCUAAUGGCCUUUCCAAUCUCGAAAAGUUCUAUGGGAAACCAAUCAUACUUGCUGAUAGAGAAAUGGUCGAAGAAAAAGCUGGCGAUAUGAUUGCAGAAGCCAUUGACAACGAUGUCGCUUUUCUCGUUGUUGGUGAUCCUUUCGGAGCAACAACGCACAGUGACCUUGUCGUGCGAGCUAAGAAGCUCGGUGUGAAAGUAGAGGUAGUGCACAACGCGUCUGUCAUGAACGCGGUUGGGAUCUGCGGUCUGCAGCUUUACCAUUACGGAGAGACGGUUUCGAUCCCGUUCUUCACCGAGACGUGGAGACCCGACAGCUUCUACGAGAAGAUCAAGAAGAACCGCUCUCUCGGGCUUCACACGCUCUGUUUGCUGGAUAUCAGAGUGAAGGAGCCGACUUUUGAGUCUCUCUGCAGAGGAGGGAAGAAACAGUAUGAGCCGCCGAGGUAUAUGACUGUUAAUACUGCGAUCGAGCAGCUGCUUGAAGUUGAGCGGAAGCGUGGUGGUUCUGUUUAUGGUGAGGAGACGGAGUGUGUGGGGUUUGCGAGGCUUGGCGCUGAGGAUCAGAAGAUAGUCACGGGGACGAUGAAGCAGCUCGAGGGUGUUGAUUUUGGAGCGCCGUUGCAUUGUCUUGUGAUUGUGGGCGAGACUCACCCUGUGGAGGAAGAGAUGUUGGAGUUUUACAAGUACGAAACUGCGAAUUGA